GUUAGAUUUAUCUCUCCAGCUUUGUGCGAUCAUUGGUCUCGAAGAGCUAGCUAGCUAUGUCUCAGCCAAACAAUAACAACGGUGAUGAUGAUAAAAGAUACAAGAAGAUCUUCGUUGGAGGUUUAGCAUGGAGCGUAACAACAGAUGUUUUGAGAAGUUUCUUCCAAGAAAAGUGUGGAGAGGUUCUCGAGGCUAAUGUUGUCAGCGAGACUCUCCCUGAUGGUAACUUAAAAUCAAAAGGCUAUGGUUUUGUUACUUUUAGGGAUGUUGCAGCUGCAACUAGAGCUUGUCAACCUCCCUAUCCGGAUAUUGAGGGAAGAAGAACCAACAUCAAUCUCGCUUACGUUAAUGCAAAGAAUAACCCUAACCACUCUAACCAAACCGGUUUACUGCAACAGGCUGGACCAUCGCAUCAAUAUCAACACGGUCCGUUUAAUCAGAUGGCAUGGCAUCAAUACCAGAACGGUUGGUUUAAUCAGGUGGCUUGGCAACAGUAUCCGCAAUUUUGUACAAAUCCACAGUUUCCUCUAGUCUACUGGGAUUCAUAUCGUGGAGCAUAUAUUCAAAUUCCACACCAUCCUUGCUCCUCCAACAUGAAUUGGCAUCAGACCCACAGUGUACGACCUCCCGGUAUGUCUCAGCCGCCUACAGAACCAAGAUUUGAAGAGCUCCCUGCUGAUACCAAUCAAGAAGCUGUCUCCACUGCAGAUGGUGUGAGCAAUGACAACAAAGAAGAGGUCGAUACAGAAACAGACAAUGGUGCUGAUCAGCAAAAUGGAAAGGCUCAAGAAGGAGAGAUCAGUGGACAAAACAAUGGCAUCAAGCAAGAUGUUAAGGAUCAAGAAGGAGAGAUCAAUGGACAAGACAACGGCAUCAAGCAAGAUGUUAAGGAUGAAGAGGGAAAGAUCAUGAGUGGAGAAGAUGAAAACACCAAGCAGGGUGCAGGUGUAACAAAUCAGUUUUGUUAUGGGAUCAAUGUUACACUCCAAAUCGAGACAGGCCGUGAAGAAAAAUCUGAAAACACACCACAAGAAAACGGUUUUGAUCAUGAAGAGAAGACGCAGCAUAUGGAAGUUGGACUGAUCACACCAAGAAUGCAUGAGUAAGAGAAGCUGGAUCAAUCAAUUUUAUCUUCUCGACCUUAUGUUGUUAUAUUUACUUAUUGGCCAAACGAUUUUAUUUUCAUUUACAAAAACAAAA